AUGACAGACUCCAAAAUGCUCGAAACAAUGAACGAACACAGUGAUCCCACAUACCUCAUCCCCAUCCUCGCCAUUGAUCUCCUCCUCACCAUGUUCCUAUUCCUCGCCUUCGCAGUACUAGGCCUGAAAUUAUUCAGACUAACAUACAAGAAUGAAGCAUUGUUGUACCGUCGACUGCGAGAGAUUGAAGAGGCACGGGAUCAGGCUAGAAAGGUGCCUUCGUCUUUUGGGGGGCAAGGGGAGAAGGUGUAG